GCUUCCUCCGGCCGGGCCCCGGAUGUGGCGAGCGGAACCGCGCCGUCUGGGCCCGGGCCCCAGCCCCAGCCCCAGCCCCAGCUAGACGAGGAAGAGUGCGACCCAGACCCGGGGAGAACGUUAAGUUGGAUAAAAAAGGAGGGUGAUCAUGCACCAUGGCAGUGGCCCUCAGAACGUCCAGCACCAGCUGCAGAGGUCCAGGGCCUUCGCCAGCAGCGAAGGAGAAGAGCAGCAGGCCCACCCGAACCCCCCGCCAUCCCCCGCCACACCCUUUGCACCAGCGGCGAGCCCAUCUGCACCCCAGUCCCCCGGUUACCAAGUUCAGCAGCUGAUGAAUCGGAGUCCCGUGGCUGGGCAGAACGUGAACAUCACCCUCCAGAAUGUGGGGCAAGUGGUGGGAGGAAACCCCCAGAUCACGCUGGCCCCCCUGCCACUGCCCAGCCCCACUUCUCCGGGAUUCCAGUUCAGUGCACAGCAGAGGCGGUUUGAACACGGGUCUCCGUCGUACAUCCAGGUCACCUCACCACUGUCCCAGCAGGUGCAGACUCAGAGCCCCACCCAGCCCAGCCCCGGGCCGGGGCCAGGCCUGCAGAGUGUGCGGGCGGGUGCCCCCGGCCCCGGCCUGGGCCUGUGCAGCAGCAGUCCCACCGGGGGCUUCGUGGACGCCAGCGUGCUGGUGAGGCAGAUCAGCCUGAGCCCGUCCAGCGGCAGCCACUUCGUGUUCCAGGAGGGCUCGGGCCUGGCGCAGAUGGCCCCGGGGGCCCAGGUUCAGCUGCAGCACGCGGGGGCGCCCAUCACAGUCCGAGAACGGAGACUGUCACAGCCUCACGCGCAGUCCGGGGGCACUGUCCACCACCUGGGACCUCAGAGCCCCGCGGCUGCGGGCGGGGCUGGCCUGCAGCCCCUGUCCAGCCCUGGCCACAUCACCACAACAAGCUUGCCGCCCCAGAUCAGCAGCAUCAUCCAGGGGCAGCUGAUCCAGCAGCAGCAGGUGCUGCAGGGGCCACCGCUGGCCAGACCUCUGCUCUCCGGGGUUGGGGUUGGGGUCGGGGGCACUUCGGCGUUUGGGAUGACAUCCCCACCGACCCCCACCAGCCCUUCCAGGACCGCAGUGCCCCCGGGCCUCUCCAGCCUUCCUCUCACAUCUGUGGGGAGCGCGGGGGUGAGAAAGGCUCCCAGGAAAUUAGAGGAGAUCCCUCCGGCCUCCCAGGAGCUGGCUCAGAUGAGGAAGCAGUGCCUGGACUAUCACUACAGGGAGAUGGAAACGCUGAAGGAGGCCUUCAAGGAGUACUUGAUCGAACUGUUCUUCUUGCAACACCUUCAAGGGAACAUGAUGGAUUUCUUAGCUUUUAAGAAGAAACAUUAUGCCCCGUUACAAGCUUAUCUUAGGCAAAAUGAUUUGGACCUUGAAGAAGAGGAGGAAGAGGAGGAGGAGGAGGAGGAAGAGAAGUCUGAAGUUAUCAACGACGAGGUAAAGGUUGUGACAGGAAAGGAUGGGCAGACUGGUACUCCUGUUGCUAUAGCAACCCAGCUUCCUCCAAAUGUUUCUGCUGCUUUUUCAUCCCAGCAGCAACCAUUUCAGCAGCAAGCCCUUGCAGGGACCCUGGUGGCAGGGACUGGAAGUGCGAUAGAAACGGACCCCUUUAAGAGACAGCAGGCGGGACCCCCAGCAGAGCAGUCUAAGAGACCUCGACUUGAAGUGGGUCACCAAGGGGUAGUUUUCCAGCACCCAGGGGUGAAUACAGGAGUUCCUCUCCAGCAGUUAAUGCCGACAGUUCAAGGAGGAAUGCCUCCCGCCCCGCAGGCCGCUCAGCUCGCCGGCCAGAAGCAGAGCCAGCAGCAGUAUGACCCCUCCACGGGGCCCCCAGUGCAGAACGCCGCCAGCCUGCACACGCCUCCGCCACAGCUGCCCACCAGGCUGCCCCCGGCCGGCCUCCCCGCUGCACCCCUGCCGCCGGCGCUGCAGUUCCCCCCGCAGCCGCAGAUGGCAGAGCCGCAGACCCAGCUCCCCGUCCUGGUGAAGACGCAGCCGCCAAACGCCCCCGUCCCCGCGCCCCCGCCCAGCCAGCUGCCCGUGGCUCCCCCGCAGCCCAUGCCGCCGGCCCUCCACGUCCCGAUGCCCGGGAAGGCGCAGAUGCAGGCCCCUCCACUCCCAUCCCAGCCGCAGACGGUGACGCCAACCAGACCACCUGUGGACCCUGCCCAGCCCUGCCCGCGGCCCCUGCCCUCCGCCACCUCCGCCUUGACCAUUGCCCCCACCGGUGGCUCAGGCCCGGGACCUUCGCCUGCACGGGCCUCCCCAGUGAAUAGACCCUCCUCGACAGCCAACAAGUCACUGUCUCCGGUCACCUCUCGCUCCCCGGGGGCAGCUGUGUCGGCGCCCCCAAAACCACAGAGCCCAGCUCAGAAUGCCGCCCCGCCCCAAGACAGUUCUCAGGAUAAGCUGGCAGAACAGAUAGCACUGGAAAACCAGACCCACCAGCGGAUAGCAGAUUUAAGGAAAGAAGGCCUGUGGUCCCUCAGACGGCUGCCCAAGCUGCAGGAGGCUCCGCGGCCCAAGUCGCACUGGGACUACCUGUUGGAGGAGAUGCAGUGGAUGGCCACAGACUUUGCCCAGGAGCGGAGGUGGAAGGUGGCCGCUGCCAAGAAGCUUGUCAGAACUGUAGCGCGUCAUCAUGAAGAAAAGAAACUUCGGGAGGAGAGGGGAAAGAGAGAAGAACAGAACCGGCUGAGACGAAUAGCUGCGUCCACUGCUAGAGAAAUAGAAUAUUUUUGGUCAAACAUUGAACAGGUUGUGGAAAUAAAACUACAAGUAGAGCUAGAAGAAAAAAGGAAAAAGGCUUUAAAUUUACAGAAAGUUUCCCGGAAAGGAAAAGAGUUGAGACGUAAGGGACUUGAUGUGUUACCGGAAAACUUCCUGGAUUCAGGAAUAUCUGGAAGAAAAAGAAAAGCGAGCACAUCUUUAACUGAUGACGAAGUGGAAGAUGAGGAGGAGACGAUUGAAGAGGAAGAAGCGAAUGAGGGGGCCGUGGAUCACCAGACAGAGCUGUCGAAUUUAGCCAAAGAAGCUGAAUUGCCCUUAAUAGAUUUGAUGAAGUUGUAUGAAGGUGCCUUUCUGCCGAAUUUCCAGUGGCCCCAACCUAAACCUGACAGUGAAGAGACAAGUGAAGAAGAAGACAUGGAAGACUGCUCAGGUGACCGGGAGAGCCGGAAGGAUGUGGUUCUCAUCGACUCGCUGUUCAUCAUGGACCAGUUUAAAGCCACAGAGAGAGUGAUUGUUGGGAAACCUCACACAAAGGACAUCGCGGAGGUGACCGCUGUGGCCGAAGCCAUCCUGCCCAAGGGCAGUGCUCGGAUCAGCACCUCGGUGAAGUUGAACGCCCCAGCUCUGCUGUACGGCGCCCUCAGAGAUUACCAGAAGAUCGGCCUGGACUGGCUGGCCAAGCUCUACCGGAAGAACCUCAAUGGCAUUUUGGCAGAUGAAGCUGGGCUGGGUAAAACGGUGCAGAUCAUUGCUUUUUUUGCCCACCUAGCAUGUAAUGAAGGCAACUGGGGCCCUCAUCUUGUCGUCGUGAGGAGCUGUAACGUACUCAAGUGGGAGCUCGAAUUGAAGCGCUGGUGUCCGGGGCUCAAAACGCUCUUGUAUGUUGGCAGCCAUAGAGAACUCAAGGCAAAGAGACAGGAGUGGACAGAGCCCAACAGCUUCAACAUCUGCAUCACGUCCUACAAGCAGUUCUUCAAAGGCUACACGUCUUUCACGCGGGUGCGCUGGAGGUGCCUGGUCGUCGAUGAGAUGCAGCGCGUGAAGGGCAUGACCGAGAGGCACUGGGAGGCCGUGUUCACGCUGCAGAGCCAGCAGCGUCUGCUUCUUAUCGAUGCCCCACUGCACAACACCUUCCUGGAGCUGUGGACCAUGGUGCACUUCCUCAUCCCGGGCAUCUCCAGGCCCUACCUGCACUUCCCCCUGAAAGCCCCCAGUGAAGAGAACCAGGACUACUACCACAAAGUGGUCAUUCGGCUGCACCGGGUGACACAGCCCUUUAUUCUGCGGAGAACUAAGAGAGAUGUGGAGAAGCAGCUGACGAAGAAAUACGAGCACGUCCUGAAGUGCCGCCUCUCCAGUCGACAGAAGGCCUUGUACGAGGAUGUCAUCCUCCAGCCGGGGAAAAGCCACACGCAAAGCUCACCAGUUUCUCUACAAACCCAUCCUCGGCGGCGGAAGCAGGCUCAGCAUUCUAGAACAAGUUCCCAUGUUUCUGUGCAGGACCCAGGAAGCGCUGAAGAGCGGUCACUUCGUGGACGUGCUAAGCAUCCUCCUGCAGCUGCAGCGGAUCUGCAACCACCCCGGGCUGGUGGCGCCCCGGCUCCCAGAGUCGUCCUACACGGCGGGGCCUCUGCAGUACCGCUCAGCCUCGCUCAUCCUGAAGGCGCUCGACCGAGACUUCUGGAAGAAAAUAAAAUGACUCGCCACGAGGCAGAGCUGCUGGGUAAGAAGAAGGUGACGCGGAGACUCUUCGAGGAGCUGUUCACCGCACCACCGCCAUCGGGCAGGCCAGCGGCCAUCAGACUGAAGCCCAGCAGGUUGUUUCAGCCCGUGCAGUAUGGCCAGAAGCCUGAGGGCCGCACUGUGGCUUUCCCCAGCACACACCUGCCCCGGACGGCAGCCUCCGCCACAGCUGCUGCCACUCCACAGGGCCAUGUUCGAGGACGGCCGCCCAUUGCCACAUUCUCUGCAAAUCCGGAUGCAAAAGUGGCAGCAGCCCCGUUUCAGACCUCUCAGGCCUCCACCGGUGCUCCGAGACACCAGCCCGCCUCGACCUUCAGCACAGCACCUAGCCCAGCCCAUCCUGCGAAACUGCGGGCUCAGACCACUGCCCCGGCCUCCGCCCCGGGCCCGCCCCAGCCCCAGCCCCAGGCCCCCUCGCACCCGGCCGGGCAGAGCGCGCUGCCUCAGGGGCUGGUGCUCACCUCGCAGGCCCAGGCGCGCCUGCCUAGUGGAGAGGUGGUCAAAAUAGCGCAGCUGGCUUCCCUUGCCGGCCCACCGAGCCGAGUCGCCCAGCCAGAGACCCCCGUGACACUGCAGUUCCAGGGCAACAAGUUCACUUUGUCGCAUAGCCAGCUACGGCAGCUUACGGCUGGCCAGCCCCUGCAGCUCCAAGGCAGCGUCCUCCAGAUCGUGUCCGCGCCUGGACAGUCCUACCUGCGACCUCCAGGCCCCGUGGUGAUGCAGACCGUGUCUCAGGCGGGCGCCCUGAAUGCUCUGGGAAGCAAGCCCCCAGCUGGUGGCCUAAGCCCCGCACCCGUGACCCCGCCAGUGGGUGUGCCUGGCCGAGUGGCAGUCAGUCCCCUGGCCUCAGGGGAAGCUGGAAUGGCCUCCAAGCCAGCCUCUCCCGUCGCGGGACCGACCCAGGAGGAAAAGACCAGACUUUUGAAAGAGCGGCUGGACCAGAUUUAUUUUGUCAACGAACGGCGCUGCUCCCGCGCCCCUGUCUAUGGCAGAGACCUGUUAGGGGUUUGUUCCCUGCCCGGCAGGGAGCAGAUGCCUUGGCUUGGGGCUCCUGACGGUGGUCACAGGAGGGGGGCUGGGCCCGCGAGCCAGUACACAUCACCCUCGAAAAGUCACAGUGACCUGAUUUUGACGCUGACUGAACGUCAAGAAUCCCUCCAGGAUGUCAUCGACAGAGUGGUGUGUGUGAUCCCGCCAGUGGUGGCUGCACCCCCAUGCUUGUGGGUGGCGAGGCCGCCCUCCCUCUACAGCCACAAGAUGAGGCUCUUCAGGCACUGCCUGCGGGAGCACACGGCGCCAUACACCCAGCAGCUGCAGCGGAUGACAGCUCUGCGCUCACUGCGGUUUCCCGAGCUGAGACUGGUCCAGUUUGACUCAGGAAAGCUGGAAGCGUUAGCUAUCCUACUUCAGAAGUUGAAAUCUGAAGGACGUCGGGUGCUGAUUUUAUCACAGAUGGUUCUCAUGUUAGACAUUUUAGAAAUGUUCUUGAACUUCCAUUAUCUCACCUAUAUAAGAAUUGACGAAAAUGCCAACAGUGAACAGCGGCAGGAACUGAUGAGGUGUUUCAACCGAGACCGGCGGGUCUUCUGCGCCCUCCUCUCCACCCACAGCCGCGCCACGGGCGUGAGCCUGGUGGAGGCAGACGCGGUGGUGUUCUAUGACCACGACCUCAACCCUGUGAUGGAUGCCAAGGCCCAGGAGUGGUGUGACCGGAUUGGGCGGCGCAAGGAUGUGCACAUAUACAGGCUUGUGAGCGGCAAUUCCAUUGAAGAGAAAUUGUUGAAAAACGGAACCAAAGAUCUGAUCCGAGAAGUGGCUGCUCAGGGAAAUGACUACUCCAUGGCGUUCCUCACGCAGCGGACGAUCCAAGAGCUGUUUGAGGUUUACCCACCCAUGGACGACACCGGCUUCCCAGUCAAAGCCGAGGAGUUUGUUGUCCUUUCUCAGGAGCCUUCUGUCACAGAAACCAUCGCACCCAAGAUCGCAAGACCUUUCAUAGAGGCCCUCAAGAGCAUCGAGUACCUGGGGGAGGAGGGUGCACAGGAGCCGGCGGAGGAGGUGCCUGGGUCUCCAUACUCAGAUGGUUCCCGGUGGGACGAGGAGCCCUCGCAGCUGGAGGAGUUAGCAGACUUCAUGGGGCAGCUCACACCAAUUGAAAAAUAUGCUUUGAAUUACCUGGAACUAUUCCAUACGUCCAUUGAUCAAGAAAAGGAGAGGAACAGUGAGGGCGCCGUGCUGGCAGCCGUGCGCGAGUGGGAGGCCCGGAACGUGCGGAGGCUGAGGGAGCGGGAGGCCCGGGCACGGCAGGAGCAGGAGCAGGAGCAGCUCCUCACCUACACCCGGGAAGACGCCUACAGUGCAGAAUUCGUGUGCGAGGGCGUCGACGGGCAGACGGAGGUCAUGCCGCUCUGGACGCCACCCACGCCCCCCCAGGACGACAACGACAUCUACAUCGACUCGGUCAUGUGUCUCAUGUACGAAUCCACGCCUAUCCCGGAGUCCAAGCUGCCACCCGUGUACGUGAGGAAGGAGCGCCGGCGACACAAGACAGACCCCUCAGCCGCAGGCAGGAAGAAGAAGCAGCGCCACGGGGAGGCCGUGGUGCCCCCGCGGUCGCUGUUUGACCGCGCGACACCCGGCAUGUUGAAGAUUCGCCGAGAGGGGAAGGAGCAGAAGAAGAACCUUCUGCUGAAGCAGCAGACACAGUUCGCCAAGCCCUUGCCAACAUUUGCCAAACCGACUGCUGAGUCGGGCCCCGACAACCCUGAGUGGCUCAUCAGCGAGGACUGGGCGCUGCUGCAGGCUGUGAAGCAGCUCCUCGAGCUGCCGCUGAACCUCACCAUCAUGUCCCCGGCCCACACACCCAACUGGGACCUGGUCAGCGACGUCGUCAAUUCCUGCAGCCGCAUCUACCGCUCCUCCAAGCAGUGCCGGAACCGCUAUGAGAACGUGCUCAUCCCGAGGGAGGAGGGCAAGAGUAAGAACAACCGUCCUCUGCGCACCGGCCAGAUGUACGCCCAGGACGAGAACGCCACACACACCCAGCUAUACACGAGCCACUUCGACCUGAUGAAGAUGACCGCCGGGAAGAGGAGCCCCCCCAUCAAGCCUCUGCUGGGCAUGAACCCCUUUCAGAAAAACCCCAAGCAUGCUUCCGUGUUGGCAGAAAGUGGAAUCAACUACGACAAACCCCUGCCUCCCAUUCAGGUCGCAUCCCUUCGGGCGGAGCGCAUUGCCAAGGAGAAGAAGGCGCUGGCUGACCAGCAGAAGGCACAGCAGCCACCUGUGGCACAGCCCCCGCCGCCCCCACCGCAGCCUCAGCCCCCGCCACCCCAGCAGCCGCCUCCGCCUCUGCCCCAGCCCCCGGCGGCGGGCAGCCAGCAGCCCGCAGGGCCACCCGCCGUCCAGCCCCAGGCCCAGGCGCAGCCCCCAGCGCAGCCUGCGCCACCCCCACCGAAGGUGCCCCCCGCGAUCACGACAGUGGGCAGUGCUGCAGUGCUGCAGGCAGGAGCCAUCAAGACGUCUGUCACGGGGACAAGCAUGCCCACGGGCACAGUGAGCGGGAACGUGAUCGUGAACACCAUCGCCGGCGUCCCUGCCGCCACCUUCCAGUCCAUUAACAAGCGCCUUGCUUCGCCCGUGGCGCCUGGCGCCUUGACUACCUCAGGAGGCUCUGCCCCUGCCCAGGUGGUCCACACCCAACCUCGAGCAGUUGGCUCCCCAGCCACGGCCACAUCCGACCUGGUGUCCCUGGCGCCGACUCAGGGUGUUCGAGCAGUCACCUCGGUGACGGCCUCAGCUGUGGUCACUACCAGCCUGACCCCGGUGCAGACCCCGACCCGGUCUUUGGUGACUCAGGUGUCCCAAGCCACAGGGGUCCAGCUUCCGGGGAAGACCAUCACGCCUGCACACUUCCAGCUCCUGCGACAGCAGCAGCAGCAGCAGCAGCAGCAGCAGCAGCAGCAGGCCUCGCAGGUGCAGGUCCCACAGAUCCAGGGCCAAGCCCAGUCGCCAGCGCAGAUCAAAGCGGUGGGCAAGCUGACCCCGGAACACCUGAUCAAAAUGCAGAAGCAGAAACUGCAGCUGCCCCAGCAGGCGCCCCCAGCACAGGCCCCACCGGGGCCCCCGCAGCCAACGGCACAAGUGCAGGUGCAGCCCCCGCAGCCCACGCAGCAGCAGAGCCCCCAGCUCACCACGGUCACGGCCCCGAGGCCCGGCGCCCUGCUCACGGGCACCACCGUGGCCAACCUCCAGGUGGCCCGGCUCACCCGGGUCCCCACUUCACAGCUGCAGGCGCAAGGGCAAAUGCAGGCCCCAGCGCCCCAGCCGGCCCAGGUGGCGCUGGCGAAGCCCCCGGUGGUGUCGGUGCCCGCAGCCGUGGUCUCCUCGCCGGGCGUCACGACCCUGCCCAUGAACGUCGCUGGGAUCAGUGUGGCCAUCGGGCAGCCGCAGAAAGCCGCAGGACAGACUGUCGUGGCCCAGCCCGUGCAUGUCCAGCAGCUGCUGAAGCUCAAGCAGCAAGCCGUCCAGCAGCAGAAGGCCAUCCAGCCGCAAGCUGCCCCAGGCCCGGCUGCUGUCCAGCAGAAGAUCACGGCUCAGCAGAUUGCUGCUCAGGGCCAACCGCAGAAGGUUACCUAUGCCACCCAGCCAGCCCUUAAAACCCAGUUUCUCACCACGCCCAUCUCCCAGGCCCAGAAGCUGGCUGGGACCCAGCAGGUGCAGACCCAGAUCCAGGUUGCGAAACUCCCUCAAGUUGUCCAGCAGCAGACGCCUGUGGCCAGCAUCCAGCAGGUCGCCUCUGCUUCCCAACAGGCUUCUCCGCAGACUGUGACCCUCACCCAGGCGACAGCAGCCGGGCAGCAGGUGCAGAUGAUCCCCGCAGUGACAGCGACGGCACAGGUGGUCCAGCAGAAGCUCAUGCAGCAGCAAGUGGUGACUACGGCAGCUGCCCAGCUGCAGACCCCCGGUGUUCCAAACCCAGCCCAGGUGCCGGCCAGCUCCGACAGCCCGAGUCAGCAACCCAAGCUCCAGAUGAGAGUCCCGGCCGUCAGGUUGAAGACGCCCACCAAGCCUCCAUGCCCCUAGUGGGAGAGCAGGACAGCCCCAGGCGCGCCACCCACAAGUGCCACCGUCCUGCCAAAAGGACGUGGACUUUGUUUACUGAACCCCAGGACCAUGUCAUGGGGGUGUUCACACCUGGAGCAGCAGUCCUCAGCGAACACGUGUGUCCUGUGUGAAGUGACUGACUGAAAAAGUGACAGUGGCAGUUUUUCCUAGAUGUCGUACCUUUUAGUUUCUCCUCCAGGGCAAUAGUGCUGGGUCUCGAAAGCCAUUUAGAAUCUCUCUGUUCGUGUACAGUGUUUUGCACAUCACAAGUAGCUAUUUGGAAGGUGUAUUGAGUCAUAAAAUAGACCUUGUGAAGCUAAAACAUGGUCUGACAGCGUCUGCCUCUGCUUGGUUCUUUAUUCUUGAUUGAAAACGCGUUAUGGUCAUUCGAGAGGAGAAAGACUAUCUGAUAGCUAAGGUGGGUCAUCUCAGAUCAGAGAAAACCAAUGUGGUUUCUUCCCUCCCUCCUAAAAUAUGACUUGUUUGGACUCUUAAAGGAGAUACUUAAUACUGACAUGUAUCAAAGCACACUCAUGACGAGUUCCCAGCUUGUGUUGAAGCGAAAUGAUCUGUGAUUAAGUUUUCAUUCCCAAGAGCAACGAGUGGGAUUCCCCGCACCCAAGUGACAUGUUUCCACAUAAAGGGAACCUUUGGGAUGCUCCCCAUCCCAUCCAUGCUGUUUUCCCAGGUUUCGGAUAAACUUGUGAUUGGACUUAGAGUGCUGAAGCAGCUGCAGCAAACUUUGUGAGGCUUCUGUCUGGGAAUGGUGUGGGGCCCAGAGUCUGUGCAGUGUUGUCACAUUGCAGAUGGCACUGCUGAGUGCUCCGUGAGGCGAGACACUUGCUAAUAGGGGCGGCCUGCCAUCGCCCCUUUGCUUUUGUGCCCGGCUCAGGCGUGACCUGCAGAGGUAAGAAGCCUCUUUGUAUAGGUGGUGUGUGUAUGCACCUACAAGUAUUACUCACAGAAAGUCAUACUAGACUGUCAGGUCUCGUAUGUGAGCAGAUCGGCCACUUGGGGUUCUGCAUAAAGCAGAGAGCCCUCUGGGCUCUUUGGGGUCAGGGGCCCGUGGUUGAGGGGCAAGGAGGAAGAGCUGUAUUUGCUGGGGGGGGGGGGGGUUGUUUGUUUGUUUUCUUGUUUGUUUACUGUGGCAACUGCAAUGGGCUUGAUUAGCUGACGAUGUCUGCUUACCUGGAAGUGUCCACCCAAGCAAAAGGUGUGUGUCUGAUGACACCCUCUCUGCUCUGUCUUGGUGCCUCUUUUACAGUUUUGGUCCAGGAAAUCAAGUUGUGUUAGGUCUUGUGUGUACUAAGGAACAGUUCUGGCAUACUGAGAGGUUUUUAAUUUUAAUCAAUCCGUUUCCUCCCCCUUUAUAUCACUUGAUAUGACAAAGGAAAGUGUUCUGUCCCAAAUUUUUUUGUUUCCCAUCAAUAUAUGUGGACAAUAAUAUGGUGAUUGAUAUCCAAGCCAACUGGGCAGCUCAUUUUUGAAUUCUUUGUGAGAAAUUUGGAAAAAAGUAAAAACUAGGUAUUCAUAGUGGAAGGGAUUUAACAUUCUAGUUAGUUGAACAUAUCAGAACAGAACACUGUAAUUUGCCUUCUAACUUGUUCACUGUGGUUCGGGACGUGCUGUAAUGAGAGAGUACAGCAUUGCAGGAGGCUUUCUGUGCUUCAUAUCUGGGUACUGAGCAGAGUUCCUACUUUUUUUUUUUAAAUCCUCAAAUGUGCAGAACUAAAAAGGAAUUCUCCUUUUCAGCUUAUUUUAAUUUGUGCAGCCUAUUGGUUUUGUUCUUAUCCUUCAUGGGGUGUUGAUGGUCUCUUUGUAGAUGAUGGUGAAAUGUUGAGUGUUUAGAAUAUCCUAGACAUAGCUGCCUGAAUAGAACAGAAGAAAAGUUAGAAAAAUCUCUCAAAAGCUAAGAGAACAGAACUGGGGUCUGAAUAUUUGCAGUGUGAAACUCCUGCACUGUCUUACUAUGUGAGUGAAAGAAGUGUUUUCUUCAGCGACUCCUUAUUGAAAAUAUGGGACAGAAAAUAGUUUUACUGGUAUCAGUCGAUUUAGUAACAUCUAGAUGUCACCACUGACCUCAUAGUCUUCAAUAGUGUCAUUUAGGUAAAAGUUCCAGUGUAUUGUUUUCUUGGCCUUUUGUUUUAAAGGUGAAACUUCCCAUAUUUAAGAAUUAAGUGUGAGUUUAGGACGUUGUUUUCCAGGCUUCUCAGAUUGUUAUUGUUGGCAGAAUCCCGCAUUACCUUGUAGAACAGGUUUCCCACCCAAUGCAGUGGUGAUGGUUGAGAGAAAUCUUCAGAACAUAACAUAUAAAGACAGCAGCCAAAACACUGUCAGACAAAUUGGAAUUGGCCACCAUGGAAAUCAGUCAUCCAGUUUUCUCUAAUUUGGAGACAUUUGCUCCAUUGGAGGCCGGGUGGUGUUUGGAGAAUGGGGGAAGCAGGAGGCUGGAAUGAGCCUUCUGAGGCAGAGGCUUUCCCUUUUGCCACCUUCAGGAUUUUUUUUGUUAACUGUUGUAACUAGAUAGUUGUUGUGUUUUAAAAUAUAAAGAAAGAAGACUGAAAUUGUAAAUACUUUGUAAACAGUCAUUUGUACUUGAAUAGUAGGGUUGUAAAGGGCACUGAUAUCCCACCAAACAAAAGGUAUAAUAAAUUGACCUUUUUAUA